UUAAAGUUACUCUACUGUACAAAUUUGGUGAUUGAAUAAGCAUCGGAGGCAGAUAUAAAAGAAAGUCUGGACAUGAGGUGACAUUCAUUUUAAUUUUUGGAUUGGUCUUGUAUUACUAAAAUAUAGGUUUGCAUAGAUGGGUAUGUGUAUAUGUUGAUUGGAAAACAAUUGUCAUACCAUGCAAUGUGAAUAGGCACAUAAGAGGUGAAGAAGUCCGGUGAAUUACUUCCUGCAUUGUGUCAGCCAACUCAGCCCUCAAAAGCCAACACACUUUUGUUGAGUUGCACUAGUAGGUUGAUCAUGCUUUGCAUGAGUUUAUGUCUCUGUCUUUGCGCGUAUGUGCUAUACAUAUACAUCAUGCAAGGCCUAGGCACAUGUCUAAACCAAUACCCAGUAAUGAGGAUUAGAGGUCAUUUGUUCCCGGGAAUGUUAAUUGUUGUAAACCUGUUUGUGUUUCAUUGUGAAGCUUUAUCACCAACUUAUGGGACUGAUUCACUCAACCGUAGCAGUUUUCCGGUGGGUUUUGUCUUUGGGGCAGCAUCCUCGGCUUACCAAGUUUGUUCUUAGGUGGAAGGUGCAGCAAAUGAAGGAGGUAAAGGCCCAAGUAUAUGGGAUUGUUUUACCAAAAUUUAUCCAAAUAAGAUAAAGGAUGGCAGUAAUGGAAAUGUGGCUGUCGAUUCUUAUCAUCGCUAUAAGGAAGAUGUGGCAAUUAUGAAGGAUAUGGGACUAGAUGCAUACCGAUUCUCAAUUGCGUGGUCUAGAGUUUUACCACGAGGAAAACUAAGUGAAGGUGUGAACCAAGAAGGGAUAAGAUACUACAACAAUCUUAUAAAUGAGCUCCUAGCAAAUGGCCUAGAGCCCUUUGUGACUCUUUUCCACUGGGAUCUUCCCCAAGCCCUAGAAGACGAAUACGGUGGUUUCUUAGAUCCUCAAAUCGUGGUACAUUAUCGUGACUACGCAGACCUUUGCUUCAGGGAAUUUGGUGAUCGGGUGAAGUACUGGAUUACUCUAAACGAACCAUGGACUUAUAGCAUCGGUGGGUACGAAAACGGUCUGUUUGCUCCGGGCCGUUGUUCUUGGCAACAACAGAAUUGCACAGGUGGAAACUCAAGCACCGAACCGUAUUUGGUCACCCACCACCAACUUCUUGCCCAUGCUGCAGUAGCGAGAUUGUACAAGCAGAAAUACCAGGCAACACAAGAGGGAAAAGUCGGAAUCACCCUUGUGACGCGUUGGAUGGUGCCUUUAUCGGAUUCAACGCCCGAUCAUAAUGCUGUGCUACGAGCUUUGGAUUUCAUGUUUGGAUGGUUUAUGGAUCCGUUGACGACUGGCGACUACCCUUAUUCCAUCCAGUCGCUUGUAGGAAAUCGACUUCCAAAGUUCACGGAUGAACAAUCAAAGAUGCUAAAUGGGUCAUUUGACUUUCUUGGAUUGAAUUACUACUCUGCUAGUUAUGCAGCACAUGUACCUGAUCAACCUUCUAAUAGAGUAAAUGUGACUUACACAACAGAUUCUCAAGUUAGGCUUACAACUGAUCGAAAUGGCGUUGCCAUUGGCGAAAAGGGUGCUUCAGAUUGGCUGUAUGUUUAUCCAAGAGGGCUUUGGGAUCUUCUGCUUCAUAUAAAGAGAAACUACAAUAAUCCACUGAUUUACAUUACGGAAAAUGGAAUUGAUGAAGUAAAUAACUCGACAUUAUCGCUGGACGAAGCCCUUGUCGACAACCAGAGGAUAUAUUACUACCAUCACCAUCUUUCUUUCCUUCUAAGAGCUAUCAAAGAAGAAGUGAAUGUGAAGGGAUUUCUGGCAUGGUCACUUAUGGACAACUUUGAAUGGUACAGUGGUUACACAGUUCGUUUCGGCCUUACCUAUGUCGACUACAAUGAUGGGUUGAGAAGAUACCCAAAGCUCUCAGCAAAAUGGUUCAAAAAUUUCCUCCAAAAAUAAGAAAUAUCCAAAUCAAGAUUUGGUCAGGCAGCUCAAUAAUUAAAACAACACUUCCUGUAAUAAUUUGGUUGGGAGUUUCCAACCAAAACUUGCACCGGCUGAGGUGAAUAUGUUCGAUAUGACUGGAUCCAAUUUC